AUGGACAACGCAAAACCUUCAACCGACGUCAAUGCUAUUGCUGAUACCAGAAACCUGGUGACAGCUGUCAAGCUCAAGGAACUGUACACCAAAAAGAAGGAUCUAGAAGAACACUUCCUCCCAAUCCUUGCUCGCGUAGAAGCCGCUCAAUCCGAGAAAGAGAAGUUAAAAAUUCUCGUCCAAGAGAGCAAGAAGAAGGAAUCAAGCCGCUAUGGAGGUAUCUUCGAAUAUAAUGCAAGUGCUAGUGAUCUCCUAGCCAUGUCGGAAUAUGAUCCCACCAUCUCAGACGAAGUCUUCAAACAUCAGCGAAUAGAUGGCGAAGAAUCAAUUCGACGUCACCUCCGUAAAGCCCAAUACACCUCCCUCUUCGGCUCCAUCUUCAACGAAUGGAUGAACUUUGAGGGGAAAGCCGACGUUCCAGAUGACGAAAAGGACGGUGUUAAAACUCCAAAGUCAGAUGAUGAAUCUACUAUGAACCUCCCCUCAGAUGGCAUGGGUCGUCCUGAGAAGUACGCUCAAAAGGCUGAAUUGGAAAGUAUCAUCUUCGCUCCCGAUCCAAACGCCAGGCCGGAGGAAUAUGCCAAAUACCUUGAGGAUCUCUUCAAGAAGGCUGAAGAAGAUUCAAAGAAAAAGAUAAAGAAGGCAUCUGCAGGCCUACUGAACGAUGGUGAUGAUGACGAAGAUGAGGGUGACGAUGAGGGUGACGAUGAGGACGACGAAGACAACGACGACCGUACCUCUUCCGCUUCAUCCGCCACUGAUGAUGAAUACCUUGAAGGCUGGCUCGCCGAAACAAUAAGCCUUAAAAAACUGCGUAACACCAUCGGUCGUUUCUCCGGCUCCUUCCGUAAACAUGAGAUGAUGUCCACCACCGAUGUAAAACAAGCAAUCCACGGUCUCGUAAGCGGAGAACUUCUAACCGAUGCCAAAAAGGCAGCCUGCAAAGAAAUCCUCUUGAGCACCGUAAUCCUCGAUGAAAUCGCAAUGGUCUUGACCCUCAGGCUCAGAGAGAUAGAAAAUUGGAAGUACAGUGAUGAAAGCGUCCAGUUGAAUUUCAGAAGACAUUUAAAUGGGAAGUACAGAUGCUAUGCAGAUGAAUCUCUGCUUGACGCUAUCUUCUUACAGUGGAUUGGGGUUAAAUGGGGUAUCGAGCUUCGAAGGGUCCUUCAAAUAGUUCACAACAGCCCAGCCUGGCUCCGCCCAACAGAUCCAAUUGAUGAAGCUCGCCAAGAAGUUCGCACAGCCCUCCUCCCCCAAGAAAACCCAAAGAAAGCCCCAAACUCCAUCUCAUUCAACGAAAAGGCCUUUAUGAAAGAGUUCUUUCUAACACUCCUUCCCGAAUCUCUCUAUGACUUUCGUACCUACAACGAAGACGGCGAAGAAGCUGACCAAACCAAAAAAGAUAACGAAAAGAUCCGUCGUGCUAGAAAUGAAGAACUAAAACAAAUGCUUCUUCAACGAUUACUCAUCGAUAGACAGUACGCUGAAGCAGUUGAUCCUGGGAAACCCUUUACUGUCGUUCAAGUUGAUGCGUAUAGAUUCGCACAGAGUCAAAGUCAUGAGAUCGUUCUAAAGUUGAUGGAGUUGAUCGGUGUUACCAAGCCCUGGCUGAAAUUCUUCAAAUCCUUCUUGACACUUCCAGCAAGGUUCGAACCAGGCGGGGAGGUUAGGGAAUCCAAGAGAGGCGUACCUAUCAGCCACCCUUUGGGUUUGGUAUUCGGCGAAAUCCAACUAUUCUUGAUGGAAUUUGCCAUUAACAGAGCUACCGGUGGGAAACUAGAGCUAUUCAGAAUGCACGACGACUUCUGGUGGUGGUCCACCUCAGAAGAGCUCUGCGAAACCGCCUGGUCAACCAUAAAAGAAUACUCCGCCCUCACUGGCACCGAGUGGAAUCUGUCGAAAAGCGGUUGCGUGCGCAUAUCCUCAACCUCCUCAUCAGAACCCACCGCACCCGGGCCCCCACCGACUUCCACUCUCCCAACCGGCGAAAUAUCCUGGGGCUUUAUUAAACUCAAUCCUUCCGGCCUCUGGACCAUCAAAGAAGACGAAAUUGAAAAACACACAGCGGAACUCCACCUCCAACUCUCCUCCCAAAAGUCCAUCUUGGGCAUAAUCACAGCCUAUAACCGCUACCUAAAAUUCUUCAUUCGAAACUUCGCAAAGCCAUCCCGUGCAUUUGGAAAACAACAUGUGGAACAAAUAAUCUCCGCGGUUAACAAAAUCCACCUCUCACUCUUCCCAUCCCACAACGGUGAUGUUCUUUCUUAUAUCACAUCCCUUAUCACCUCCCGUUUUCCCGAAGAAAUUCCUUCAGGCGGCGUCCUCCCAGCAUGGCUUCUAAUCCCCAUCGCAAAUGGUGGUCUCGGCCUGCGCAACGUCCUAUUUGACACCCUCCCAAUCCUCGAUUCCUACAAAGUCGAAGAAGUAAACUAUGAACGUUACAAUAAAUACGGUAACACCCCACAAACUUUCAAACAGUGUCUCAAAAAGGAUAAAACCGAAUACUCUCGUCUCCGCGAAACCUGGCUGAAAUCCACAAACCCUCCCAAAAUAUCCUGGACAAAUGAUAUCCCCGACGAAUGGUUUGACGGUCUACAGGAAUGGCUAGAGUCUCAAUCUACUUUACAAAGAUCUCGUAGACGUAGAAAGCCCCAUCCCUUCAUAACAUUCGAGGAAUUCAUCCUAGGUCGCAGAUCUAAAUUUACAUAUUGGGGUACUGUCUGGACUAACCUCACAGAAACGCCAACGACAUCCAAUCGAUAUGGAUUCCCAGAUAAAAUCUCAAAGGGACUGGCAUCAAACCCCUUUUCAACUGUUGAGUGGUUAAAGUCUGACCACGCAAAGAAUACACCCUACUGGAAGAGCUGGUUGUUGACAUAUGGAGAGUCUGUCUUGGAGGCAUUCGGAGAGUUUAAACUUACAAAUGAAGGGAGGUUGCCAGUUGCUAUGAUUGAUAUUUAUACGAAUUUGAAGACCAAAUGGGAUCAGUAG